AUGGAGAAGGACUCGCUUUUCUUCGUCAUCGCCCACAACAAAUGCUCUCUCGUCAAUCUUGAGUCGCACGUCUCCUUCUUCAAAUACUCCUUCGAGCUAACAGCUGGAGAGCGACUAACAAGCGACUCUCUCGUCCGAAAGAUCCACUUCGCCUACGAAAUCCUGGCGAAGUACUUCCUCUUCGGCGCGCGUCAGGAAUGCUCCCUUUCGAAAAUCGCCGCCUCCUCCUUUUUUCGUCCAAACUCGACGGCUGUCUCGACCAAGCGCGGCUGGUUCGGCGCUCAAACCACCACCAUUGCGCCCCUUUCUCCUCAUGUCAUGCUUUUUCUUCACGAAGAGAUGACUUUUCUGCUCAGCGCAAAUCUAAAUAAUGUGCGAGUCACUGGAGCUCUCAAUCUUCACUCCUCCUCGCUGCCCUCGCUCAGCACUUGUUCCCUCGGAGUAGAUCUGUCAGGGCGGCCGAAUCUCGUUCCAUCAGAAGACGUCUUCAUCGACUUUACUUCUUCCUCCAGCGCGGCCAAGCUCGACUGCUGUCUCAGCAACGAAAAUCUAUUUCUGGCGCGUUACGACGUCGAAAACAUCUCCUGUCCUCUCAAACUCAAAGUCACGGUCAGAAUUAGAGAAGCGGACAAGAUCGUGGAGACGUCAAUUUGUUGCAAAAGCGAGCUUCCGAAGAACGUGCGGAUGCAAGAGUUGAAGCUUCGUUUUCAGCUUCCGGAAGGGACGGUCAACGCCAUCCUCCUCGGCGGCGGAACAUCGCUGCUGGCUUCUUUUUCGAUGGAGAAGGAAACGAACGAAGGCAUCUGGCAAGCGAAAUCGCUCUUUGGCGGUGCUGAAGUCGACUCCACCAUCUCCAUCGCCGUUUCAACCGUCGACGACGUCCAAAGCAUCAAAAGAAGACUCAAUAACUUCGUCUGUUCUUUUCACGUCGAGGACUUUUCCUUCUUCAGGCUAGCAGUUUCCAAGUUCAAAAUCUGCGAUCAAUCGCGUUCGCCGAUUCCCGUCGAGAGAAAAACGCGUCAGCGGCUUUCCUGCGCCAACGCUAGAAUUAAUCUGUACACCGAAAACACGCCUUAG